AUCCCUCUCAAUUUAUUUUUGAUAUCUACAAUGAGUUUCCAUGAGUCUGCCGUCAGCAUUGAGCUUGAGGAGGGCCAUAGGCUCAAAGCUACUCUCCGCCACGGAGACGACGAGGAGCGUGAUUCGGAGCUGGACCUGAACGAUGUUAUCGGUAAUAACAAUGGAGAAUUUGUCUGGGGUGGGGAAAACUUCAAAGACAGUGCCGAGAAUAUUGAAUUUCAUCGAGAGGGAGAUGACGACGUUCCCGUGCUUCGAGCUGUUCUGUAUACCAUCGACGGGGAGGGUGUGAGCGCGGAUAUCAACCUGGCGGAAAGAAUCACAAAUCAAGACGGCCACCUGGUGUUUGUGUAA